CGCCAUACACAGCCUGGGCGAGGCCGUGACUCACUUGAUAGCGACCAAAGCGGCUUGAUCAGACAGGUAUACCUGUACAGGUAGGUAUAACGGAAAACAGAGUACCCGAGUGAGGACGGAGCUACGCUACACACAGGUGUGACGAUGUCCGAGGAUAAGUACGAGAGGUUGAAGAGGAUCGGCGGGGGGUCUUAUGGCGAGGUAUACAAGGGCAGGAGACGGGACAACAAGGACAAGGUGUGCGCCCUCAAGUACAUCUCCAAGAACAUGACAGCCAAACACAUCAAGGAUGCUCGGAACGAGAUCCUCAUCCAGGGGAGACUGCGACAUCCACACAUCAUACAACUGCUGGACAACUUCGAGACGGACAAACACAUCGUGCUUGUGUUUGAGUACGCUGUAAAGGAGUUGUUCCGAGCUAUGAGGGCAGAGCCGAAGGGGAGAUUCAAAGAAGACAAGGUGCGUGCGAUCUCGUGUCAGAUAUGUUCUGCACUGUAUUACCUGCAUUCCGAGAAGGUGCUGCACAGAGACCUCAAGCCACAGAACAUCCUCGUAACCAAGGACGACACAAUUAAGAUUUGCGACUUUGGCUUUGCACGGAUGAUGGAAGAGAAAUACUAUGCAAGAACUAUCCAGGGGACGCUGAUCUACAUGGCGCCGGAGCUGUUUGGUCAUGAGGCCUAUGUCCAUUAUACAGAGAAGGUGGACAUCUGGGCUCUAGGGUGCAUUAUAUACGAACUGUUUGUUGGUAAACGGCUAUUUGAAACAAAAAGCUUAAAAGCUCUUUGUCAGCUUCAUCGGUCUGUUCAACUCCCGAAGAAGAUGAGCAGCAAGCUGACGGACCUGCUUCAGAAGCUGCUGGUGUGUGAUCAACAUAGCCGACUCAACUGGCCCAAUAUACUCAACCAUCCGUGGUUUCACAAUGGCAUAGCAGUGUCAGAAGCUGACUUGGCCAGAGAAAGUCCAUACACUAGACCGGAAAUAGGAGCACGGAAACGCCAGGAACAUCUUCAGAAGGUUCGAAUUAUCCGACAUUCCAAAAGUCUCCAUCGAAAGAGACCUGAUGCAACGAGAGUAAAAGGACUUCAAGUUGAAUCUAGACCUGAUAAUCGCAAUGCAAAGGAACGAGAAGCGGCAUCUAGAGGCACCAAUCUUGAUGCCAAGAACGACGAUGCUUCCAGAACCGACAACCUUGACGUAAAGAAAAAUGAAGCUGCAUCGAGAAUCGACCACUUUGAUCCAGGGAGUGCCGUCUUUCCUCACGUACCGGACAGAUGGGUGGCAUCUGGUACCGAUGUUGUUGACGCAGCAGAGUCUGAUGAGGACGAUGUCGAUGGGGUUGGGGAGUUAGGGGAUGAUGAGGACGAUGCGAUGUUGGAAAUAGCAAUGGCAGAAGCAGGUAUUGAUGAUGAUGUUGACGUCGUAGUGAUCAUUGGACUUGAAGAUGAGGACGAAGACGACGACGACUGUGUGGGACAUUUAGGUCACGAGAUUGAAGACGAUGAAGAUGAAGAUGAUGAGGAUGGGGAUGAAAGUUCAGGAGACUAAGACAAAACCAAUUUGGCAGCAACUUAGUCCAUUAACAAUGCGACAGAUUCAACUCAACACAGCGCACCGGUCUUUUGGAUCUGUACACACUUAAAUGUCAUUCUCAGCUCCUUGGGGAGUAUACAUUUGUACCAAGUGUUAUCGACAAACAAGUAGGUGUUGGAGUAGUUACAGAUCAUGUUCCUCAAACCAUUCGCCACGUGAAUAAUCAUGGUGCUAUAUCAUUAUCACCCCGGGGUUUUUUUAGGAUCUGAGACGGGGCACGGGUGGCCCAGUCGUCUUAUGC